CUGAUGUUCCGUAAAAUGAGAGGCUUAAGUGAAUUUCCGGAAAAUGUUUCGGCCACUGGAGAUGUCCUGUCUCACUUGACCUCCUCGGUUGACCUGGACUUCGGCGCGCACCAUCCCCUCCACGUGACCAUGCUGCCUAACCCCUCACACCUGGAAGCCGUCAACCCCGUGGCCGUGGGGAAGACUCGAGGAAGGCAGCAGUCUAGACAGGACGGGGACUACUCUCCAGACAGUUCGGCUCAGCCUGGGGACAAAGUCAUUUGCUUACAGGUUCACGGUGAUGCAUCUUUCUGUGGUCAGGGGAUUGUUCCUGAAACAUUUACGCUGUCUAAUCUCCCACAUUUCAGAAUUGGUGGGAGUGUCCAUCUGAUUGUCAAUAACCAGCUGGGUUACACCACUCCUGCAGAAAGAGGAAGGUCUUCCUUAUACUGCAGUGAUAUCGGGAAGCUUGUGGGCUGCGCCAUCAUCCAUGUCAAUGGAGACAGCCCAGAGGAAGUGGUCCGUGCCACACAGCUGGCUUUUGAAUACCAGCGCCAUUUCCGGAAGGAUGUGAUUGUUGAUUUGUUAUGCUACAGGCAGUGGGGCCACAACGAGCUUGACGAGCCCUUCUUCACCAACCCAGUCAUGUACAGAAUCAUCAGAGCCCGAAAGAGCAUCCCGGACACCUAUGCAGAACACCUGAUUGCCAACGGACUCAUGACCCAGGAAGAGGUGUCGGAAAUCAAAUCCUCCUACUUCUCGAAGUUAAAUAACCAUUUAACCAACAUGGCACAGUAUAGCCCCCUGGCCACCAACCUGCAGGCCCACUGGCAGGGCCUGGUCCAGCCGCCAGCCUGCAUUAGCACCUGGGACACGGGUGUGCCCCUCGACCUCCUGCGGUUUAUUGGCGGGAAGUCUGUGGCGGUGCCAGAGGACCUCCAGAUGCACAGUCACCUUCUGAAGAUGUACGUUCAGUCCAGACUGGAGAAAGUGAUGGAUGGAACAAAGUUAGACUGGGCCACGGCAGAAGCUCUUGCCUUGGGCUCAUUACUUGCUCAGGGUUUUGAUGUGCGUCUGAGUGGGCAAGAUGUUGGCCGUGGAACUUUUAGUCAGAGGCACGCAAUGGUUGUUUGCCAGAAGACCGAUGACACCUAUAUCCCUCUGAACCAUAUGGACCCUAAUCAGAAGGGGUUUCUAGAGGUCAGCAACAGCCCGUUGUCAGAAGAAGCUGUCCUGGGGUUUGAAUAUGGAAUGAGCAUUGAAAGCCCCAAGUUACUGCCCCUCUGGGAGGCUCAGUUUGGUGAUUUCUUCAAUGGUGCUCAGAUCAUUUUUGACACGUUCAUCUCUGGAGGGGAGGCCAAGUGGCUCCUACAGAGUGGCAUCGUUAUUCUCCUUCCCCACGGGUACGACGGGGCUGGACCCGACCACUCCUCUUGCCGCAUAGAGCGGUUCCUGCAGAUGUGUGACAGUGUUGAAGAGGGGGUAGAUGGAGACACAGUGAACAUGUUCGUGGUGCACCCGACUACUCCUGCACAGUAUUUCCACUUGCUCAGGAGACAGAUGGUCCGGAACUUCCGAAAACCCCUCAUCGUUGCUUCUCCGAAGAUGUUACUCAGGUUCCCU